AAGAUCGAGCCGCGGCACCAACGAACAAAACGCUGGCGGCGGAAGACAACGGCGGACAGAACUACGACGACAGCUACUCACAGCACGAUGGAGGCGAAGCAAAGGACACUGCUCGAUAUGUUCAGCAAGUCGUCGGCAUUCUCCCCUGCCCUGUCUACGCGGGCAUCCUCUCCGCCAGGCUCCACGCUGCCUUCUUCGCCGGCACCUUCCAGUCCACCUCCAGAGACAAGCACAGCAGCCAGUUCUAUGUCUUCUCCCAUGCCUAAGCUCAAGUUGGAAAUUGAAGAAGAGGACGAGGAAGAGCUGUCGGUAGAUGACAAAGAGAAGUGGGAGAAGCUCGGACCAUUCCUUGAGAAGGUCCAAUCCUUCACAAAAGCGUUGAAGCAGCAAAUGGAUACUGCGAAGACGAACUACACGCCAGUCCAGGCAGCUCCAAAGCCUCCGUCCCGCGCAGCCUUAGCGAAAUCUUCCCGGAAAGGAGAUGCAAAACGGACGUUGCAGGAGCAUGCGUCUGCGCCGCCAGCUAAACGUUUGAAAACUAGCAACGCGGAAAUAGACGAAGCCACAACGCCCGAAAAGCCUACAAUUGCUCCAGCAUUCAAGCAAUCCGCAUUUGUGACUGGAGCAAAGCUGAAGGACUUCCAACUUGAGGGCGUCGCAUGGAUGGUGGGUCUAUACCAGACUGGCAUUUCUGGAAUACUUGCGGAUGAGAUGGGUCUCGGAAAGACACUGCAAACGAUUGCUUUCCAUGCCUACAUUCGGGAACGUUCCCCAGCGCCGUUCAUGGUCGUCUGUCCAAUGAGCGUCCUACACAAUUGGAAGCAAGAAUUCAAUAGAUUCGCCCCUGAUAUUCCCGUAUGCGUCUACCAUGGCACUCCAGAACACCGCGCGGAGCUGAGGAAGACAGAGAUGAUCAUCCCAGAGCACUAUCGCGACAAGUACUGGCUGGGCGCCGGCGAUCCCUGGGCUUCGGCACCUAACAUUUCCCGCGACUCUGCGAGCAAAGUCUCGAGGAAACCUAAGAAGGCCGCUACAAAGCACAAGGCCACACCAGUCAAAGGUCGGAAGCCUGCUGGUCGAGCGACGAGAUCGAAAAAGGUGGUAGUGAGCGAUAAUGAGUCAGAAGAACCAGAGGAGCCAGUGGCGAGUGGCGAGGCGAAGGAUGAGGUUAAGGAUGACGGCAAACCAAAGAUGUACACAACCUUUCCGGUCGUGCUGACAACGUACGAGAUUGUGAUGCGCGACCGUGCAUACCUCGAGCAGUAUCGAUGGGGUUUCGUUGUCGUGGACGAGGGACACCGGCUCAAGAACUUUGAGUGCAGGCUCAUGCGCGAGCUCAAGGCGCUUCCCGCUACAGGACGCAUGGUGUUAACAGGAACACCCUUGCAGAACAACCUCGCCGAGCUCUGGUCACUCCUCAACUUCGUGCUGCCCGACGUCUUCACCGACCUCGAUACCUUCCAGGAAUGGUUCAGUACGCCCACAACGUCGAACUACACGUCAUCAUCUCCUCGAAUAACGCGAGUGAUCAACUCGUUGCAUGCUAUCCUCCGGCCGUUCUUGCUGCGUCGCCUCAAGGCGGAUGUGAUAACCAACUUGCCGCCGAAGAAGGAAUACGUGCUCUACGCACCACUCAGUGUCAAGCAACGUGAGGUGUACGAUGCGGUACUGAACGGACAUCUGCGUGCGCUUUUGAUGAAGGAAGGCAAGACUUUAGAUGAGUUUUUAGGGGCGAAAGAAGAGGAAGAGGAAGAGGAAGAGGAAGAGGAAGAGAACGGGCCGAGGAGGAGCAAAAGGAGAGAAGGCAAGCGCAGGACGUACAAGGACGAUGGCAACGACAGAGAGUACUUCCGUAGGCUCGAGAACGGCGAGCUAGACGCUGAUUUGGAGCGGCGAAACAACGCGAAGACGGCUGAGGAGCUCGGACGGGAAUGGCAGCUUAAGGCACAGAGGAAGAAGGUGAACAAUAUGAAGCUUCAAAACACAAUUAUGCAGCUCCGCAAAGUCUGCUCGCAUCCUUUCCUCUUUGACUGGCCUAUCGACCCGCGCACGAUGGAGCCGAUACUGAACCAAGAGCUCGUGAGCGCGAGCGGGAAGAUGAUGCUCCUCGACCAGUUGCUCACCGAGCUGUUUCCGCGGAAGCAUAAAGUACUCCUGUUCAGCCAGUUCACCACAAUGUUGGACAUCAUUGAGGACUGGGCGAGGGAGCUGAAGGGCUGGAAUAUUUGCAGGAUAGAUGGGUCGACGCCUAUGAUGACGCGGCACGAGGAAGUCGAGAGGUUCCAAACAGGCGGGGACGACUCAGAUGCGCCAAUAUUGUUCCUUUUGAGUACGCGCGCGGGUGGACUAGGUCUGAAUCUCGUCGCUGCGGAUACCGUCAUCUUCUACGACCAGGACUGGAACCCGCAGAUGGACCUACAGGCACAGGACCGUGCGCAUCGCAUCGGCCAAACGAAACCCGUGCUCAUCUUCCGACUCGUAACAGCGCACACCAUCGAGACACGCAUCAUGCAGCGCGCGACGGAGAAGCGCAGACUUGAGGCGCUCGUGAUCGCAAAGGGCAAGUUUCGCGCGCCGAUGCAGGCAGCGGACGCGCUCAAGGGCGACAGCGCACGUGCCAAGGGCGAGAGCAUGGCCGAACUCGCUGCAGCGCUCCUCCGGCUCGAGGGCGAGCAUAUCCGAGUCGCGCUCGAGGGCCAGAGCGUCAUCUCCCGGAAAGAUCUUGACGCGCUCCUUGACAGGAGUCCGGCGGUAUUCGCGGACCGUGGAAAGGGCUGGACAUCAGAUAACGUCGAGAAACUCGACCAGGAGACCAAAACCGCAUUCGCAGUGUACGAGGCACCCGCCGACGAAGGCGGAGAUGCGCUUGCGGGAAUGAUGGGCGAGGAGAUCGAACUUUAGAAGUACAGAUCGUGUGGUCCUGGAUGCCCCCGCAACUGACUAAUAUUCUUGUAUAUUCUAGAUGCUGUACAUAUAAUUCAAGGUAGCUAAUAGUCUUCAUUUUGUGCAUAUAAC